AUGUGGUUCCUGGUUCUGUGCCUUGCCCUGUCCCUGGGGGGCACUGGUGCCGCAUCCCCCAUCCAGUCCCGGAUCAUUGGAGGCUGGGAGUGCCAGAAGCAUUCCCAGCCCUGGCAGGUAGCUGUGUACAAUUACAAUAAGCCUGAGUGUGGGGGUGUCCUGAUAGACCCCAAGUGGGUGCUCACGGCCGCCCACUGCAUGAGCGAGAAUUACCAGCUCUGGUUGGGCAUCCACAACCUGGAAGAGCCUGAAGAGACAGCCCAGUAUGCCCAAGUCAGCGGCAGCUUCCCACACCCAGACUACAACAUCAGCCUCCUGAAGAACAACCCCCUCUAUCCAGGAGCGGACUACAGCCACGACAUCAUGCUGCUCCGUCUGAAGGAGCCCGCCCAGAUCACAGAUGCGGUCAAGGUCCUGGCCCUGCCCACCACAGAGCCUGUAGUGGGGAGCACCUGCAUCGCCUCGGGCUGGGGCAGCAUCGAUCCAGAUGGGAAAUCAUACCCAGAUGAUAUGCAAUGUGUGGACCUCAAACUCUUGUCUAAUGAUGUGUGUGCCAGUGCCCACUCCCAGGAGGUAACGGAGUAUAUGCUGUGUGCUGGGCAGAUGGAGGGCGGCAAAGACACCUGUGUGGGUGACUCGGGCGGCCCACUGGUCUGCAAUGACAUGUUGCAGGGUAUCACGUCAUGGGGCCACGACCCAUGUGGCACUCCCAAUAUGCCAGCUGUCUUCACCAAAGUGAUUUCGUACAAGGAAUGGAUCAAUGACACCAUGGAGAACAACCCCUGA